CCUCCAAGAACGGUGCCGUGACGUCUUUGACGACCCCCAAGGGAAUGGCGGCGGGAUCUUGUUCCCAGGCCACCAUCCCGACGCCCUCUACCGCGUCGACGGUGGACAUCACUGCAAACAACACAACAUUCAACACGACAAUGGAUUCGGGUGCGCAGCCAUCGAAAGAUCUCUGCAGGAGCCUUCUUGCCGAUUCAAGCAUGGAUGYCAAUAACGAUACCAGAAGCACAUCGGUCGCGGUGGAUGAGAAGCCGGAAUCAGAGAAAACCUCCUCGGACCCGGAGGGAAGAGACUUCGGCCCCUGCCCUCGACAWGAUGAAAAAGAAAGCGAUUGCCAGGCGACACAUACCGAAACUGAGAAAGUACCACCGACUAGUAUCGUGACAGCARCGGCAACAGCAUCAUCAUCGGCCAAGACCGACGACGCGACUACUUCUCCAAGCGAGUUGUGGAAGGUCCUGGACCGCCAGCUCCGCUCCAACAUCGGAACCAGCGUCCGAUGCGGGAUCUGCCUUUCCACCGUCAGCGAUCCGGUCCGGACCCAGUGCUGCCACGGCUUCUGCCGGGAAUGCAUCACGGGGUACCUCCGGGCAUCGGGCUCCAACAAGUGCCCCGAGUGCAACGCGUUCUGCACCCGGCGCUCCCUCGAGUCCUUUGAGCAGCUCGACGACCUGGCCGAUGCCUACAAGGGCAUGCUGCGGGCCUUUGGGCUGGCGCCCGGAACCUACCGGCCGGAGAUCACCACCAUGACGCAAAAGGUGGAUUUCGGCCGGGAAUCCGGGGGGAGCGAUUCCGACGACGACGACGGGGACAGCGAGCGGGCCAGGCUCGAUCGCCUCUGCGUGGCCAAGACCUAUGAAUUGGAGGCACUGCCGCUGGUGGGAUGCUCGAAGCUACAAGUAAACGAAAACCACCAGAUCGUGGCCGCCAAUUUCGAGGCAUGCUUCGAGGACGAGGCKGUGGAUCCGGAGACUAUGGGCGAGUUGCUGGAAAACCUCGUGACCGAACGGUGCGGUGUCGGUAAAAGCGGCAGGAACAAUGACCCAAAGCCAUCGCAGCGAAAUGAGGAUACUGCAACAACGGGUGUCCUGCCCAAUACACAAGAAGUCCAGGAGCAAGCCAGGGAACAACUGGAAGCCGAUCGGGAAAUGCAAGAAAAUUCAAUGGAAGACGAGGAGGAACUGGAGAAAUUACUACGUUUGACAGAAAGGCAAACGGAAGAAAGMACCGCUACCAACCCUCUCGAUAGGGAUUCCCAAGAGACAACCAGUGAGAGACAAAUUAAUGUCUGCGAGAAACWAAGUGCAGGAUCCCAACUGUUUGCAACCGCAUCACAAGGAGAAGACUUCCUACAUGAUGAUCCCACCGAGGAACUCAUGCGAGACGGGCUUGCUGAUGCUGCAAGCGAAAAACCUUCAACCUCCCCAAAUAAGAACGAGACUCGCGGUGACAUCUUUGACGGCCCACCUCCCUCGCCUCCGCCGGAGUUACCGGCCUUUGCCAGGAUCGACAACGGCAUCCAGAACCGUCGGCAUACUCGGAAAUCCUUCUCCAGGCACGAUCGCCGGAAUUCCACCGAAAAGAAAUCUUCGACCCCUCCUCCGCCUUCUAGCAUCGAGGCGGGAGAGCUCUUUGAGGCGGAUUCGCUGUCGCCGAUCGAUCACGAAACGUCUUACUGGGCGGAAGACUCGUCCCAUCACUUCGCGGAAGAUCCCGGCAACGACGUCACCGGGAUGAUGGAGGAUUCUAGGGGUGGGAUGCACAUGAUGCCRCUGACAAUUCCACGCGAUCAMUCUCACUCCCAACAUAAAGAAACCGACAACGAGGUCGAUGGCUCUGACAGUAGUASAGGUAGAGCUGCUUCUGGUCAGAYAAAGAACGGUGGUGGCAGAGGACAAGAUGACGGAAGCAACGGUUCRAACAGUGGCACACCAUCUUUCGAAGAAAAUGCUGACAAGGAUCGAAACCACGAAAACGAUAGUGCUCUGCCUCCUGGUAGCAACGGUGGCAGUGGCGAUGAUGAAGAGAGCUCAGACAAGACUAUACCAAUGACGGCGGAGGACAGAGGCAGCGAAUCGGACAGCAGCAGCAACGGAAGCUCGAGCCUAACGAGUGGUGUAGACGAACCCACUCACUACGACUCAACAAAACUUACCCAGGUCACGGAAGAGCUCCACGAAUCGACCAAACUGGAAAUCGAAAAGGCAUCGACCCUACCGGCGGGGCCAAAGACAAGCGGUCGGCGGCAGCUUCCCUCGAAAAAGAAGCUCUUCGAAGCGGGAGAAAUUGUUGCGGAGAACGGCGGAGAAGAGGGCCCGAUUGUGCCGAACGACAACAGUGGCUUUGUCACYUACGAUCCUACAAAGCUCACCCAAGUCACGGAAGAACUCCACGAGUCGACCAAGGAGGAAAUUAAAAAGGCGGCAAGCCUGCCGGCGGGACCCCGACCCAGAGGCUGUACCAAAAAGAUCUUAUUCGCUGUCGACGAUGAUGGCAGUUCCAAAAAGCGACCAUCCAACGAUACCGCAAAACGUUCUACCGCUAGAACAAAGAGUACUAGAAACACCAGCUUAGGAGGUGUAGAUGGUAAUGAUUCCAAACCAGCUCAAGAAGGCGAGGAAACCCAGGAGUCAUCAUCAGCGAUUUGGACAAAGGGAACGAUUGUUAGAGUCCAAUCCAGAACAUGGCCUGGAGUGAAUAAGCCAGGGGGAGUGGGACGUAUUAUGGCAAUCAAUUCCGAUGGCACCUACAAUGUUGCUUAUGUUCUCGGUGGGAAAGAGUCGAACAUCGACAAAAUCUUCAUUCAGAAAGAAGAUCAGGGGGAUAGCGAGUCCGGUGAACCUGGUUCUGGGGGGGUUCAAGUUCGUCGUAGACGUCGUGCAAAGGAGAACGACACUGCGGAUUUACCUGAAGAGCUCCUCCGUCAACUUGCCGAAGAAGGCUUCGAUGUUCCGGGGCAGAAGGGGGGAAAGAAGCGAAAGAAAAACAACCGCASCGCCCUAUCCGAUAACACAAAUUCUGAGAAUGGUGGACGCCGAAAUCUCAAGAAACCUCCGAAAAAGAAUAAUACGGCAACAAGAACARAUACAGGUGGUGGAUCGAAAAGGAAACGCAGUACUCCUUCAAGCRACUCCGGUGCGAUACCURCAAACACAGUGCAACAAACAGCRCGACCGAAAAGGAAAGGGAGAAGCACAUCUCGAGACCCACCCWCUUCGACAARCAAGGCGUCAAAUGCAAAAUCGGCCAAAGCAGAUGAUCUUCCAAAUACAGUAGUUAAGAAGUAUAAGAAAAGCGUAUCUUUUGCAGAGAAGGAAAGUGAGGGAAAUGUCACUCGGAAAMCWAGCUCGGGAGCYAGUAGGAGGGCAACGAAGGRCCAAAGGMGAGAAUCCAAUGUCUCACCCUUUGAUUUUCUUCUCAGGAUUCCCAACGAAGAGGCCGUGAAGCUAGCAAACAGAAGAUACCAUCUYGUUUUUCAGGAAGCGAUCGACAACAAAUUAAUCACUGUUGCUUCUUCAAACCUAAAAGACGAGGAUAAGGCCAUUCUSAAGUCUUUAUGUGCGAAGACAUUUGAAGGGGGUGUAAAAAUAAAAGUGACCGAAUCUGUGAGCAGGAAGACUACACUCUGUAUCGUUCCGGCAGAAAACAAGGAAGGCGACAAGGCGAACAUCCAGUCUGGCAUGCGCACGCUGAAGGUCAUGCUAUCGGCCCUUGCGGGGAUCCCCAUCGUAACUCCCGAUUGGUUGCGAUCUUGCUACGUGGAAUCAAAAGUUGUGCGUCCCCAGAGAUUURUUCGGAGCAUGCCAACAAAAAAUAAWGMAAUUGAGAACUGUGGUGGAACGAACUAUGGUGUGGCUAAACUGGCAGCAUCAUGGAAUACCAAACCGAAAGCACCGGCUCUGCCGUUUCGAAAGACCUUUGUAUAUUUUUGUGGAAGUUAUACGGUAGAUAACAGAAAGUAUAUGCAGGAUUUACUGAAAGCAGGCGGUGCCAAAGUGCUGUUGAAGCCUGCGGACAUUUCCUCGAAAUUGAAGAGCUUGCUGGAAUUGAAUCCGCGUUCGUUUUCGCCCACUUCCGACAGGUUGGUGAUCUUGUGCGGUGGCUCAGGUACAAGCUUACCGAAAUCUUUGGAGAAGGAUCUCAAGGCCACACUUGAGAGAAACGAACUCUCGACCGYAACCGCGGACUCGCCCCCGUUCACAAUCGUCGUUGAUUUUCAAUGGGUGAUYGAGUCCGUAGCGUGCGCCAAACCGAUGCCAGCGGCUUUCUUYGAGCCUAAAAUCUGCAAAAAUCUAUGGAAGCUUUGCCCUYCGUAAAGAAAAGUUUUGGUUCGCUGCAAAGGGUGUUCUCCUGAAAUUAUAGCUAAACACA